CUUUACCUCGGCGACGGCACCACCGCUCAGGGCUGGCCCAGUAUGUCUGCAUGGACCAACUUUGAGUCCAUGUGGACCGCCAACCUGCCGAUCAUUUCCAUUUCGUGCACGCAAUUCGGCGAGCCAAACAACUCGGAUCAAGAGUCCGCUGACGUGAAGUCCGCGAUUCAGUCCGUCUCCUCGGCUUCAGGAGUCGAUGAGCGCUUCAUCCUCGCCGUAGUGAUGCAAGAGUCAAAGGGUUGUGUUCGUGCGCCCACCACCAACUGGGGAGUACGCAACCCCGGCCUCAUGCAAGACCACGAUGGCUCCGGCACUUGCAACGACGCUGGUACCGUCCAAAACCCGUGCCCUAGCAGCGAGAUCACCCAGAUGAUCACAGACGGCACUGAGGGUACUGCAGCCGGCGACGGGCUUGUGCAAACCCUUUCUGAGGCCAAUGCUAGCGAUGUCAGCAAGUACUACAAGGCUGCUCGCAUCUACAACUCUGGCAGCAUUGCGAGCAGUGGCCUCUUGCAGGAUGGCAUCGCAACGCACUGCUAUGCUAGCGACAUCGCCAACAGGCUGACAGGCUGGGUCAACGCGGCGACUACUUGCACGCUU